AUUCUAAUCUGAUAUUGAUUUACUAUAAAUAAAGUAAGAUUAUAAUUGCAAUGCAAAUGUCAGGCUUGAGUGACAUUAAAAUAGAAAUAUUUUAUGUCAUAUCUUUUGUAUCGUUUAUAAAAUAAUUUACAGAAAUGUAUUUAUGAUCAAAUGCCAGAAUUGUCGAAUAAUAUAGUGCAGCUACAAAAAAUGCAUUCCGUUUAAUUCUAGGAAAGUUUCGAAUCGUUUGAUUGGUCAGAAAGAUAGGAGGAAAAAUUUUUUGUUCUGAUUGGACAAUUAAUGAUACUCUAUCCCACGAGUAGAAUUUUUGAACGCAUCCUUUGAUAGCAGACAAUAUAUACUGUGAUAAUACAGUGACAUGUGUGUCUACCUGUUUUCUUUCUUCUUCAUUAGCGGGGCAAAGUUUUAAAAUUUUCUAGAACAAUUUCAAUUUAUGAUGCAAGAGAAACGCGAAUAGAGAAAGGUUAUUCAAAUCAAUUAUUAAAAUAUUUCGUUAUUUGCUUAACAAAGAUACGAUAAAAUUUGAUUUGAAAUGCAAACUACUAACGAAGAAAUAGACGAAACCGGGAAGCAAUCAAAUGACAGUAAUGCGGUUGAAAAUGUUCGAAUAGAAUUGAGAGAAGCUACCUUGACAAAAAGAAAGCAGAAUCGUACAUCUGCCUGGAAUAAGAAUCGCAAAAACUUGGGAGAAUGUCCAGAGAAUGAAUUGUUUUCAAUUGAGUAUAUUAUUGAGAGAGCAAAGCUUCUUAAAAAGAAAAGAAUAACUCUUGAAGAUUAUAGAUAUUUGCCUAAUGCUCUUAUCCAGUCGGAGGAAAAUAUUUAUGCAUUUUUAAGAGUAGAUCAAAGUUUAUCAGGCUUGAUACGUGAUCUGUCUGGUAACAAUUCAACCUUACAAUUAUAUGCAGCCAAUUGCUGCUGUAAUAUUGCUCUUGGAAAUUCAAAAGCUUGUACAGCAUUGGGAAAAGCAAUUAUUCCAUAUCUACUUAUUGAACUAGAAAGCUUAAAUUAUAUAUUGCUGGAUGUGUGCAUUUGGACAAUUGGUAAUUUAAUUGCAGGAAGCAAUGUGGCUUUUUCGAUUUUACAUGCACAGCAUUGUUUAAAAUAUUUAGUUUUAUUGUUAUCUAAUUGUGAUGAUUCGAUACUUCCAUCUGUAAUAUAUGCACUUUUACAUUAUGUACAUAUUGGUUUUCAUGAGAUAUCAAAAAGUGAUAUGGCACAGCUUGCUGAAAGUAUCAUAAAGCGAAAAUUCUUAAACGAAAAUCCAAAUUUUAUUUGGUUAUUAGCAUUGUUAUCCUCUUCAACAAUAUGCACGACAUAUUUGCAUUCUAUUUUGCCACAAAUUGUUGAUCAUCUUCAUUUAUUAUUUUUUGGUACGGAUGAACUAGCUCAUGUCAGUGAGAUUACUGCAUCUAUACGUAUAUUAGGUAAUACAUUAUAUAAUUCUUGUGAAGAUAAAACUGAUAUUCUUUUAAAGAACUCAAAAUACUCACAUGAGGAUUUGUGUCUUUUAUUGAAUAAAUUAUUAUCACAUCAAUAUAUGCAUAUUAGAAGGGAAACCUUAUGGUUAAUAGGAAAUUUGUACAAUCACAGGUCACCUAAUGUUGGUAAAAAUAUAAGAGAUCUUAUAGCCUUUUUACCAGCACUGAAUCAGGCUUUUCUAUCAAUUGCUAAUUGUGCAUGAGCAAAAAAGAAUCUUUUUUCAAAAAGGUAUACAUAUUUAAAAAAAUUAAUAUUUUUGAAAAUAUUUUUAAUUAAGUUUAGAUAGCUCUAUUUAUUAAAUUUAAUAUCUUUGAUCGAAAUUUUUUAUAUAUUUAUUUGUAAAAAUAAACGUACGAAUAUUAUAGUAACAGAGAAGUUGUGCGUUUAUCUUUUGAGCUGUGGUCGACAUUUCUCUUCUUUCUGUUUCUAAAUUUUGCAUUCACAUAGUGUUUUCUUCAAUUCCUGAUACUUAUAUCUUUAUUUAAUACAGAUAUACGAGAUUGUUUUAUUUCAUUGUAAUAUUGUAAGACGAAUAGGACUACCAUCAAAAUGAGAUUAAUUAAGAUUAACUUACACAUGACGUGCACAUUUUACGAUAUGUCAAAAAAGCUUUACACUAAAUUCCACAUUAUUCUUUUUAAUAGUAUGACAGGGAUAAUAUAGAAAUUACAAAAGCAGACCUCCAGGACGAUUUGUGACACUCAUCAAUCAGAAUAAACAUUAAAUAAAAAAAAUGAGUAUAACUUUGAUCAAUAACAAAGAAAGGAUAUAUAUUAUUUGCAAUAUAAUGUAUUUGAAUGAAUGAAUAAACAUUUAUUGCUUCC